AACUGGCUACGCUAAGAAAAUCGCUUUCAGAGUGAGCGAGUGGUUGGGCAAAGCGUCAGUGUAGCGUACAGUAGUACUCCUAUAUUACAGGAUAUUGACCAGAUUAAGAUGAGGCGAACACUGACUAGAAAAAAUUACUGCUCCUGCUGGUCUACUACGCUGCGCUACACGCACACACAGACAAAGAGAAGCGCUCUGCUGCGUUAGCUCGGAUCGGAGGUCAGAAUCAAAAUCAAUCGAGCCAUGGCUGAGCUAGCUCCGCUCUCCAUGCUCUUCCUUGCCCUGCUCGUCGUCGUCCCCGUGCUCUACUUCAUCCGGUCGUCGCGCCGGCAUGAGGAGGGAAGCAGCCGGCCGCGGCCCCCGCCGUCGCCGUGGGCGCUGCCGGUCAUCGGCCACCUCCACCACGUCGCCGGCGCGCUCCCGCACCGCGCGAUGCUGGGCCUGUCGCGCCGCCACGGCCCGCUCAUGCUGCUCCGCCUCUGCGAGCUCCGCGUCGUCGUCGCCUCCUCGGCCGACGCCGCGCGGGAGAUCAUGAAGACCCAGGACCUGGCGUUCGCGUCGCGGCCCAUGACCCCGACGGGGACGGCCCUCCUCGGCGACAGCCCGGGCAUCGUGUUCGCGCCCUACGGCGACGCGUGGCGGCAGCUCCGCAAGAUCUGCACCCUCGAGCUCUUCACCUCCCGCCGCGUCAGGUCCUUCCGGCCCGUGCGCGAGGAGGAGGUCGGGCGGCUGCUCCGGUCGGUGGCGGUGGCGGCUCCGUCGUCGGCGGUGAACCUGAGCGAGCGGAUCAGCGCGUACGUCGCGGACUCGGCGGUGCGCGCCGUCAUCGGCAGCCGGUUCAAGGACCGCGGCGCGUUCCUCCGGAUGCUCGAGCGGAGGAUGAAGCUCGCGCCGGCGCAGUGCCUGCCGGACCUCUUCCCGUCGUCGCGGCUGGCGAUGCUCGUCAGCCGGAUGCCGCGCGAGAUGAAGCGGGAGCGCCGGGAGAUGAGGGACUUCAUCGACGCCAUCAUCCAGGAGCAUCAAGAGAACAGCCCGGCCGGCGCCGGCGCCGACGACGACGACUUUCUCGACGUCCUCCUGAGGAUCCAGGGAGAGGGGAAGCUCGACCCUCCCCUCACCAACGAUGACAUCAAGGCAGUCAUCGUCGACAUCUUCAUAGCGAGCAGCGAGACGUCGGCGACGGCGCUGCAGUGGGCCAUGGCCGAGCUGAUGAGGAACCCGAGGGUGAUGCGCAAGGCGCAGGAGGAGGUCCGGCGAGCUCUCGACGGGCGCGACAGGGUCACGGAGGAGAGCCUGGCGAGCCUGCGCUACCUGGACCUCGUCAUCAAGGAGGUGCUCCGGCUGCACCCGCCGGCGACGAUGCUGCUCCCCCGCGAGUGCCGGGCCCCGUGCCGGAUCCUCGGCUUCGACGUGCCGGCGGGCGCCAUGGUGCUCGUCAACGCGUGGGCGAUCGGCAGGGACCCGGCGCACUGGGACUCGUCGGAGGAGUUCUCGCCGGAGAGGUUCGAGGGCGGUGGCGUCGACUUCAAGGGCACGGACUUCGAGUACAUACCGUUCGGCGCCGGGCGGCGAAUGUGCCCCGGGAUGGCGUUCGGGCUGGCCAACAUGGAGCUCGCGCUCGCCAGCCUUCUCUACCACUUCGACUGGGAGCUGCCGGACGGGGCGGAGCCCGGGGAGCUGGACAUGGCCGAGCUGCUGGGGCUCACCACGCGCCGGCGCUUCGACCUCCUGCUCGUCCCGGCGGUCCGCGUGCCAUUGCCAAAGCAAAAUUUGAAUGCGCCAAGCGAAAAUUCUUUCGACAUUAAGCCUUAGGGUAGGGCGCGAAACUUACAACAUGAAAGAUUUAUUGCUAUUGCUUCAUCUCCAGCAAAGAAAUAAAGAAUAGAACAAAAGUGAUAUUUUUACACGUAUAGUACUACCAGUC